AUGACUGCUAUGCAGGAGGACUGUGCUAAGCUUAGAACGUACAUUAAUGAGCAACUUAUGCUUACGGGAGAACGAGAAAGACUUAAAGACUUACUCAGGACAAGGCUAUUAGAAUGCGGAUGGAGGGAUGAGCUUAAGUCCUAUUGCAAAGAAGUGAUUGCAAAGAAAGGUAUUUCCUGCGUUACCGUGAACGAUCUGGUGACCGAACUAACUCCUGUUGCCCGUCGGCUUGUUCCAGAUUCUGUUAAACAGGAGCUUGUCGAUGCCAUUCGCAAGUUUUUGCCCAAGGAUAGAGAGGACAAUGAUGACAAAUACGAAUGA